GUGGCGAGAAGCAAGGGGAUGGGUCCAGGACCGUUGAUGCCGACACGAAAAAACUUUUUGAUCAACGAGACCAUCCACUGCGGAGCUACAGCGAAGACAUGAGGCCGAGACAGGAUUGUUCAACAGCCUUGUGUGGUACUUCUGGAGUGGGCACAUGCAGGAGUAGCUGCUUUGGCGGGGAAUUCACUGCCGAACAAUGUCCAUCAUCUUACUGCGUGUGCUGUGAACCUUGUAGUACAGAUGGAAGCUGUUAUGGUGGCCGCUGUGCGAAUUACCCCACAAGCUGCGAUUCAACAUCUGAGUACCGUGAUGGGUACUGUGGCCUCGGGCGCUGCAUCUGCUGUAAGGCCUGCCAAGCAAGCGACGAUUGUGCGGCCGCCGGAGGUGAAUGUAUCAACGUUAAUGCUACGUGCGAUUCCGGCACGGCGCCAAGCCCUCAACUUGGCUGUAGCGAUGACAGCAACUGCAAGUGCUGUGCGCAAUGCACUCCCAGCAGCGCCUGUGUUGAUGGCCCCAACCCGGGGAGAUGCGUGAUCAACGAAGAUUUUUGCGACGCUGGAGAUGAAUACCUAACACAUGAUGGGUGUGGCAACGCUAACUGCAAGUGUUGCAAGACCUGUGGGCCAGACAAUUCGUGUGCCCGUAAGAAUGGGAUAUGCGUCAACCCAACUCAGCUACUUGAACCGACACGCAAGCCUCACGAUCAAUGUCCAGCGGGAUAUCAUCAUUAUAAGCCAGGCGCUUGCGGCACUAAAGACUGCAUCUGCUGUGUUCCAAGGUCUCAAGAUGAGGGGUGAAACUGUGACCCUGAGCCACCGCCACCGCCUGCACGACCGCCGCACUGACCGAGGACUGACCCUGCCCUGACCUGCCCUUGACCUGACCCGCCUCACCUUCAUCCACGGACUUCCUGCACGUGCGCCGUGCACGCUGAUCCUCUGAAGAGUAUUCAAUUCUUCUUCUUCUUGGGCUUGAUGCCAGAGCACCCUUCUGCAAAGAAAAACAAUUAUAAAAAAAUAUAUAUGCACAAACGUACAAAAGAGAUUACAAAAACUUAACAUUUCAGCAGACAUGAAUUUUGACUUUCGAAAUUCUAUGUAUGU